AUGUUUCUGAGCCACAUUUACACUUUCCUUUUGGCAUUUACUCAUUGUGUCUUUUUCAAAGUUUAUUGCUCUUCAUCUGAGUUCAGUUUGGAUGGAGAUUACUUAUUGGGUGGCCUUUUUCCAGUGCAUGAAAUUCAACAUGCAACACCUCUUUUCUUCCCGGAGGCCAUUGAAUGUUAUAGGCAAACUCUGUCAAAAUCUGGCUAUCAGAUGUUUCAAGUAAUGAGGUUUGCUGUUGAGGAGAUUAAUAACUCCACCACUCUGCUGCCUAAUGUUUCUCUGGGCUACGAAAUUGUUGACCAUUGUUCUGACACUAAGAAUUUCCCAUCAGUCUUCAGUUUCAUCUCACAGAAUGGAUCGAUAAAACCUCAGGAAAAACUCAACAGCCACCAGCCAAAAGUGAUUGCUUUAACAGGACCAUAUGGAAGCACAAGAACUAUUACAAUUGCGCCAUUGGUCACAAUGGACCUUAUACCACUGGUGAACUAUGGCGCUUCUAGUUAUGCACUGAGCAAUAAACUUCAGUAUCCCUCUUUUAUUAGAACAAUCCCUAGCAAUAAAGACUUGAUACAGAUGAUUAUUCGCAUCAUACAGUGGUUUGGAUGGAACUGGGUUGCUUUUCUUGGAGGUCCAGACAAUUACAGUGAAGAUGGCCUACAGCUGUUUAACAGUUAUAUAAAAAAUACUGGCAUUUGUUUGGCUUAUCAAGAGGUUCUGAGUCAAAGUUCAAACUACAGUCUAACUCUUCAAAAGAUUAAUAAGAUUAACAUCAAUGUCAUUGUGGUUUUCGCUGGGUCACAAUAUGCAAAGAACAUAAUCAAAGAAGCGAUAGCAAACAAUAUCAGAGACAAAGUCUGGAUUGCAAGUGAAACAUGGUCUAUGAAUCAACAGCUUCCAAAAGAGCCGGGAGUUGAGAAUAUUGGAACAGUUAUUGGCAUUACAGAGAGAAUUUUGUCAUUGCCUGGAUUUCAUGAAUUCAUCUAUAAAGCCAAAGGAACAACUGAGAUUUAUACUAACGAUAACGCUGAGAGUGAAAUCCAGAUGAAGACAUGUAAUCAAUAUUGUGACAACUGCUCAAUGUUGACCGCAGAAGAUAUUAUAAAUGAAGAUCCCACAUUCUCCUUUGCUAUCUACUCUGCCAUAUAUACCAUAGCUCAUGCAUUACAUGAAGUUCUUCGGUGUGACAUCAAUGAAUGCAGAACAAACAUCACCGUUAAACCAUAUAUGCUUCUGGAAGAAAUGAAGAAGUUGGAUUUUCCUCUUAAUGGUCGUCAGGUGAAAUAUGAUGUUAAUGGUGAUCCAGCUGUCAGUUAUGCAGUUGUGCUGUGGCACACUGAAACAAAACCUCCAUGGAUUCAGGUGGUGGGCACUUACGACACAUUUCCUGAAAUUGAUUUUGCCAUCAACAACUCUCUCAUGCCCUGGCAUAACAAUACUGCUGUGCCUUUCUCAAACUGCUCUGUUGAGUGCAAGGAGGGGUUUUCAAGAGAACACGAGGGAUAUCAUGACUGUUGCUUUCUCUGUAAGAAAUGCCCACAAAACAGCUAUGUGAAUUAUUCUCGGGACCCUUAUAUCUGUUUUCCAUGUGCGGAGAGUGAAUGGUCAGAAGAAGGCAGCACGACAUGUAAGGCACGUUCUGUCAUCUAUCUUGAGGUCACAGACAUCACCUCUGUUGCAGUUAUAAUUUCAGCCACACUUCUGAUGACUGUCUUCAUUUACAUCUUUUGCCUUUUCGCCUGCAAUUACAACACGCCAGUGGUGAGGUCUGCCGGUGGCAACAUGUGUUUUCUCAUGCUGGCAUGUUUGAUUAUGUCUACCACAAGCGUGUUCUUUUUCUUUGGACAACCCACAGCAGUCAAUUGUGUCCUGAGGAGCUUGACUUUUUUUUUUUUCUUCACAAUCUGUCUCUCAUGUUUGACUGUCCGUUCCUUUCAAAUUGUUUGUAUCUUCAAAAUGGCUGCCAAGUUCCCUAAGUUACACAGCUUAUGGGUCAAGCACAGUGGCCAGUGGCUCUUUGUUGCAUCCUUUUCUGUCGUUCAUUUAUUUUUAUGUGUGAUGUGGGUGACUGUCUCAGCUCCCAAACCGUUUCAAGACUCUUUUUCUUUUAAAGACCAGACUGUUCUCAGCUGUGAAAAGGGGCUCACUGUUGCCUUGGCAAUUGUUGUAUUCAUAGGUUGGUUUCUUGGAUUCCUGUGCGUCUUGUUUUCUUACAUGGGACGAGAUCUGCCGAAAAAUUACAAUGAGGCCAAAUCAAUAACUUUCAGUAUCAUUUUGUACUAUGUGAUCUGGAUUGUAUACAUCACAACCCUCCUUCUUAUCAAAAGCAAAUAUGUGCAGCUUUUUAAUGCAAUGACUCAGCUGUCCAGUGUAUAUGCAAUUCUCUUUAGCUAUUUCAUACCAAAAUCUUACAUCAUGCUAUUUAAACCAGAGAAGAACACUGCUGCGUACUUUCAAACAUCUAUUCAGACUUACACCCAAACCAUUAGUAGGAAUUAAAAGCACCACCAGGGUGCUGCACAGAUGCAGAUCAAAAACUUCACAAAAUGCAGUUGUAAAUACUCGACAAACAUUUUAGGUUGUGUGCCUCUAACCAUAGCAUCACAUUCUGUCUUUGUAAACUUAUGUAGAGGUUGAUAGUUGUCAGAGAUUUAUCAAAGUAUAUCAUUUGUUAAGUAUAAAAAUAACCGCAUUUUUUCAUACAUGACACAUUAAUAUGUAUUAAGCUUAUUUAUCCUUUAUACACAUUUGUAAA